AUGGAGAUACUGACGAUUAUUUCACAUCACCGAAGCUAUGAUAACGGGGGUAGGACGCAGAUUGCUGAUGCUUACCGUUCCUCUCCUUCUAGAGGCUUAAGAGGCAUAAACUGCCGGACUUACGAGUCUAAGAUGGGGAUUCUGCCUGCACCUUCAUAUGAAAUCAUCCCUUCUGGCAGCCCGCAAGUGACUAGCCAGCGUUCAGUGCCCUUUUACUCUGAGCCCGCUAAGCAGCCCAGACGAAGCAAUCCAAUUACCAUAGGCCCGCGGCUGGCCAAGAAAGUUCUCUCCUUUGAUGAUGAACUGUGUGAUUCGGAACGAUGGGCUGGGCCUACGUACUCCAAUUCUCCUCCUCCUAGCUCAUUGCCGAUGCCCAACUUCUCUCUUUGUCAGCGAACUGUGUCCUUUGAAAUUUCUCGCCCAAUAUUUGGUAACGAAGAUCGUCCUCAUGCAAAGUCGGCCCCGUCUUCACCUGACAAGAAAUCUUAUUUUUCAUCCAGUGAUUUCUUCAUUAGAACUGACACGGCGACACAGGGUUUGAGACGAAUCCUUCAUUUGGACACUUGA